UUCUCUCUCUCUAUAUCAAACCCUCUCUCUCUCUCUCUAAUCUACAUAUCUUCACCGUCGAUUCUGCAUAAUUUCCGGUGAGUUGUGUCUAUUUGUUUGAGAAAUCUCAGAUUCAACAAGGUCGCUUGAAGAUGCCUCCGACGGCUUCGUAUUGGUGUUACAGGUGCUCUCAAUUCGUUAGGGUUUCGGCCGACGACGACAACGUCGUUUGUCCCUAUUGCGAUGGUGGAUUCGUCGAGUCGAUGGACGCUGCUCCGGCACCUGAAUCUCGCCGCAGUUUCCCUCCGGCGGCGAUGUACGUGUUCUCCAACAACUCCCAUCGGAACUCGAAUUUAGGGUUCCGCCGUCCGCGACGGAGCCACCGCGAUCGCUCGGCCUUCAAUCCGGUCAUCGUGUUGCGCGGACCGGCCGAUGACGGCAGCGAUGGCGGUGAAACGCGCGUCUUCGAGUUGUACUACGACGACGGUGCCGGUUCUGGCCUCCGACCUCUCCCGGCGACCAUGUCUGAGUUUUUGAUGGGGUCAGGGUUCGAUCGAUUGCUUGAUCAAUUGACUCAGAUCGAAAUCAACGGUUUGGGCCGCCGCGAACAGGCUCCGGCGUCAAAAUCCGCCGUUGAAUCGAUGCCGACGAUCGAAAUCGUAGCCGGACACGUCAGCUCCGAAUCGCACUGCGCCGUCUGUAAAGAAGCUUUCGUUCUCGGAUCUGAAGCUCGUGAAAUGCCUUGUAAACACAUAUACCACUCGGAUUGCAUACUCCCUUGGCUCUCUCUCCGUAAUUCAUGCCCUGUUUGCCGCCACGAACUCCCCUCCGACGCGUCCGAGCUCGAAAAUGAAGGCCCCUCACGAGCACCAACCGAAGAAGAGGCGGUUGGGCUCACAAUUUGGAGACUACCUGGUGGUGGAUUUGCGGUGGGUAGGUUUUCAGGGGGAAGAAGAGCAGGUGAGAGAAACAUUCCAGCUGUGUAUACAGAAAUGGAUGGUGGAUUCAAUAAUAGUGGUGGUGGUUCGAGGAGGAUUGUGUGGGGGUCGAGGAGAGGCAGAUCGAGAGAGGGCACUGGUGGUGGUGGGUUGGGUAGGGCUUUUCGCAAUCUGUUCUCGUUUUUUGGGAGGCUGAGGUCGUCUUCUUCUUCUCAUUCAUCAUCACAUUCUAGUUCUAGUUCAGAAUCUGGAUCACCAUCAAUUAGCAUAAAUCAGAGCCAUUCUGGUCCAGUUUUCAGUAGGUUAUCUAGGCGGCGUAGCAGACCUUGGGUUUUGGAAGAUCAUGGAAUGGCGAGGUAGGUAGGGAAGAGAAUUUGAUGAAAUGGUGAAUUGAUGAAUUUUCUUUCACUGUGUAAAUAGUUUGCCAAUUGGAUACUAGUUUUCAGGAUUAUGAAGAAAAUUGUUUAGUAUGUUUUUCAUGAAAUGGAAAUUCAUCAUGGCAGCUGCUGGAAAAGGGAUUUGCUUUGAAGAUUGUAGAAGAAAAUUACAGUUCCAUUUUAGUUAGGGAAAUGGGCUUUUGGAAUUGGAAUGGUUUUCAAAAGCA